GUGACGCCUGUUUAGGCGAAGAAGGCUUUGCUGCUGAAGCAAGCAAAGAGGCACCCAAGAUGGCCUCUGCUGCAGGAGCGGCCGUGGCAGCAGCAGCAGCAGAGGGCCAAAGGCUGGGGCAGGAGGCCGCGGUCGGCCGGCUCUUGAUGCUGGUGAAGGAGGAGGUAGGCGCGACGGCCAUGGCCGUAAUCCGCAGCUGAGAGGAGCUGCUGCCGCCGUCGUGAGGUUAUAUUUCACACUAUGUGCUGACUGUCUGUACUUACAGAAACUAUUAAAAACAGGUUUUUUUUUCAAAAUAAAUUUGAUUCCAGUGGAAUCUGCUUUAGAUUUUGUCUUGUGAAGUAACUCCUAAAGCAAUGCCUGUACAAGCUCCACAAUGGACGGAUUUUCUCUCCUGCCCUAUUUGCACACAAACAUUCGACGAAACGAUCCGGAAACCCAUCAGUCUAGGUUGUGGCCACACAGUCUGCAAGAUGUGCCUGAACAAGCUCCAUCGGAAAGCAUGUCCUUUCGACCAGACCACUAUCAAUACAGACAUAGAACAUCUUCCUGUGAAUUCAGCUUUGCUGCAGCUUGUGGGUGCUCAAAUGCCAGAACAGCAACCAAUAACUCUACGCAGUGGUGCUGAAGAUACUAAACAUUAUGAGGAAGCCAGGAAAUGCGUGGAAGAAUUAGCCUUAUACCUUAAACCGCUCAGCAGUGCAAGAGGUGUAGGAUUGAACAGCACAACUCAGAGUGUGCUUAGUCGGCCCAUGCAAAGGAAGCUUGUGACGUUAGUCCAUUGCCAGCUGGUGGAAGAAGAAGGGCGGAUCCGAGCUAUGCGUGCAGCACGAUCUCUGGGUGAAAGAACUGUUACUGAGCUUAUUCUUCAGCACCAGAAUCCCCAGCAAUUGUCUUCAAACCUUUGGGCUGCAGUGAGGGCUAGAGGCUGUCAGUUCCUUGGACCAGCGAUGCAGGAGGAAGCCCUGAAGUUAGUUCUUUUAGCUUUAGAAGAUGGAUCUGCUUUAUCUCGAAAAGUCUUGGUUCUCUUUGUGGUACAGAGGUUGGAGCCACGAUUUCCUCAGGCUUCUAAAACCAGCAUUGGGCAUGUUGUCCAGCUUCUUUACAGAGCCUCCUGUUUCAAGGUGACUAAACGUGAUGAGGAUUCCUCCCUAAUGCAGCUGAAGGAGGAAUUCAGAACAUAUGAAGCUCUGAGACGAGAACAUGAUUCCCAAAUUGUACAAAUUGCUAUGGAGGCUGGUUUACGCAUAGCUCCAGAUCAGUGGUCUUCAUUGCUAUAUGGAGACCAGUCUCACAAAUCCCACAUGCAGUCCAUUAUUGACAAGUUGCAGACCCCAGCCUCUUUUGCACAGAGUGUUCAGGAAUUAACAAUUGCUCUCCAGAGGACUGGUGAUCCAGCUAAUUUGACCCGGCUUCGACCCCAUCUUGAACUUCUUGCAAAUAUUGAUCCCAGUCCAGAUGCUCCACCACCCACAUGGGAACAGCUUGAGAAUGGAUUAGUUGCUGUACGGACUGUGGUACAUGGACUGGUUGAUUACAUCCAGAAUCACAGCAAAAAAGGAGCAGAUCAGCAACAGCCACCUCAGCACAGCAAGUACAAGACAUAUAUGUGUCGAGAUAUGAAGCAGAGAAGAGAAUGCCCCCGUGGGGCCAGCUGCACAUUUGCACACUCACAGGAAGAACUAGAAAAAUUUCGCAAGAUGAACAAACGUCUAGUUCCUCGAAGACCUUUGAGUGCCUCCUUGGGUCAACUAAAUGAAGUGGGCCUGCCCGCAGCAGCUAUUAUCUCAGAUGAAGCAACAGUGGACCUACCCAAUAGAAAACCCUCUACCUUGCCAAAUGGGAUUGUUUCACCAGGCAGUACAGUGACACAACUUAUCUCUCGUGGAACUGACUCCAGUUAUGACUCAGUCAUGAAACCUGGGAAGAUGGACCACCAUAGUAGCAGUGCCCCUGGAUCACCUCCUGAUUUGCUGGAACCUGUUUCCAAGAGCUCUCACCCAGUGCCCUCCCGAGGACCUACAGACUUGCCUCCAAUUUCAGUAGGCAAGCAGCUCCAAAUAGUUCCCCGAGGCUCCCAGUUGUACCCAGCUCAGCAAACUGAUGUUUUCUAUCCAGAUCCUCGAGGAACAGCUCCCCCAUUUGAGCCUCCACCCUAUCAAGCAGGUGUAUAUUAUCCUCCAGCUCAAUCACUACAGUGUAUGUCUCGAUUCGUCCGACCUCCAUCAUCUAUUCCUGAACCAGGUCCUCCUUUUGUAGAACAACAUUAUGCACCCUAUCUUCAAGAUCGCAUCAUGAACUCACAAUACAGCGCACAGCCACAGCAAUACCCUCCAAUGAGUCAACCUGUAUAUCCUCCCCAUUAUGACAGCAGACGUGUGUAUCCUGCUGCACAGCCAUACCAACGGGAAGAUAUUAUCCGAGGAAGUCCUGUUCCGAUUGAAAUUUCUCCACCUGCUAUAUCACCAUAUGUACCUGAAACAAGAGACAGAUAUCAACAAGUGGAGGGCUACUAUCCAGUUGGACCACAUCUGAAUCAGAUUAGACCUUCAUAUCAUAGAGAGCCUUAUAGUCGGGCUCCCCCUCAGCCACACCCUAGUUUAGAUGAAUUGCAUCGAAGGCGAAAGGAGAUUAUGGCUCAGCUGGAAGAAAGGAAGGUCAUCUCCCCACCACCAUUUGCAUCAUCACCAACCCUGCCUCAUUCUUUACACACUGAUGAGUACUUGGAUGAAGACCUGAAAGUAGCAGGCAAAUAUAAAGGAAAUGAUUACAGCCAGUACUCUCCCUGGUCGUGUGACACUAUUGGCUCCUACAUUGGAACCAAAGAUGCAAAACCCAAAGACAUUGUGGCAGUGGGUCUUGUGGAGAUGGUGAAUGUGGACAGCAAGGGAAUGCGAGAUCAACGUUUGGAUUUACAAAGGAGAGCAGCAGAGACUGGUGAUGAUGAUCUUAUUCCCUUUGGAGAUAGGCCUACAGUAUCAAGGUUUGGUGCCAUCUCACGUACCUCCAAAGCAAUGUACCAGAAUCCAGGCCCCAUGCAAGCCAUGACAGUUCAAGGGGCUUCUGCAAAACCAGUCAGUGUUUCAGAUUACAGCCCAUAUGGAACACACAGUGCAUGGGGAGGUUCACCAUACUCACCCCAUCAAAAUGUACCUUCUCAGGGACGGCUUGGUGACAGGGAGAGAUUAUCUAUGACAGACAUUGCUAACCAUGGGAAAUCUUUGCCAUCAUCUGAGAGAGAACAGCAGCUUCGUCUUGAACUGCAGCAGUUAAACCAUCAGAUAAGUCAGCAGACACGAGGACUUGAGGCGGUUAGUAACAGGCUGCUGUUGCAGAGGGAAGCGACCCCUUUGGCAGGCCAACCACAGCCCCCACCGCCACCUCCUAAGUGGCCUGGAAUGAUCUCAAGUGAACAGCUGAGCUUGGAGCUGCACCAGGUGGAGAGGGAAAUCGGGAAGAGAACCCGGGAACUAAGCAUGGAGAGCCAGUCUUCAUUGGAUGUGAAAAACAAAGCAAAUGCUAGUAAACAGACUGAAAAUGGACAGCAAGGCAAAGUACCACCUGAAGAUCUUUCUCUAACAUUCAGUGAUCUUCCAAAUGGAUCUGCCCCAACCCAAGAAAUUAUAGGCCUUCUGUCAAACAAAACUACAGCUCUGAACUUGUCAGAGGACACCGACGCAGUAGCAGGUGACCAGGAUACCCAGAGAACCGGAGCAACGCCCACCUCUGCUCCUUGAAGGAACAAAACUAUCCCUCCACUUCUGUCGGGGGUCACCUUUUCCCAUCCUUGGAUUGAUGAAAGACGCUGAGCAAAAGUCUUCAACAAUAGCAAGUCUGAGACAAUGUGCACAACACCACUACUAGGAACAAACCCUGCACAUAGUUCACAUUAACACAUUUUUUAAUUAAAAAAUGAAAAUUAGCAGUAUCUGCAAACAACUCAAAUUAAAUUUGUUUUUGUUCUGUGAAUGAACUUUAUUUUAAUAACUUUGGAUGCCUUGAAUGCCAGGGCUUUAAAAGAAACAGAUAUUAUAUAUAUAUAUAUAUAUAUAUAUGUACACACACACACAAACACACACAUUUUACACACAGAGACACACAUACUUUGAUUAAUUGUAUGAUCUAAUGGGAUAGGCUUUCUGUUUUAUUUUGGUAUUAUUACAUACCCAGUGUAUCAUUAACUUUUCUAGAUGUUCAUUCUCCCACCAGAACAAGCUCAUUCACCAUUUCUUUUUGUAGUUUCUAAAAAUAAAAGAAGGAGUUGAGAUGGAAGAGAAAACUCUAAAUUGUCCCAAAUCUGUAUCUCUCUUACAGAUACUGUUGUAACUUUUUGUUAAUUUAAGAUUGUGAAGGAUUUACCAUUGCAUUAGAAAUCAAACUUUUUUAUUGGACACCGAAAGCUUCAAGGAGUAGCAAUACUUAUUCCAUUUUAAAAGUGACUGGAAAUGCAUUCUUUAUAAACUGGCUAAGAAGCAUUGAUUUGUGACAUUUGUGACAUAGAGCAGAAGUGUUUCAUUUGCAUAAGUAAGCUUAACCCCUCCCCCCCCAAAGAACUGGAUUAAAUCAGAAUCUAGAAACUAGUAUAAAAUGUCUUCAGAUGGGAUAAAGGUGCAACGAUUAGUGUAGUAUCUUCUUUCACAUGUCUGAGCUACAAUUUCUGUAUCAUCCUAUAUCCUUGGAGGAGGCAGGCACAUUAGAUUCUCUGAUGCAAGAGAAUUUUGGAAUCUGUCUGAGGUGCAAGGUGAUAAAUUCUAUUUUAUAUAUGAUGGAAAACAUAAAAUUGGUUGUAACAAUAUUCUCCUUCCUGUUUAUUUUGCAUCCAAAGCUAAUAAUACCAUGAUUGGUCAGCAUUAUCUUUCAUGACAAAACUGAAUAUUUGAAACUCAAGAUUUUUGAGUUUAACAAAAAAAUGGUUCCGAAAAAAAAAUCAUGUUAAUUUCAGCAAGUCCAUUACAGAAGCAGCAACCUUUCAAGUGUGUAUGAAAUGAAAAGACUUCUUAGCUCUGCAAAUGCACAUUCAUUUAUCACAUUUCUUAAACUGCACAGAUGUGAUCAUAUAUACGCAUGCAAAUUUGACUUUUGUCCUCCUCCUCUCCAUUUUAUUGGCAUUAAGUAAGGUGCAUAUGUGGAAAAUCUGGAAGAAAAUUCUUGCAUCCUUUCUCUGUAAAUUACAUUUUUAAAUUUCAAAAUGCACUGGCUAUGUAAUAAGUUGAAGCAUUGCUUUGAUCGGGUAAAAGCAAAUGUUUAUUAAUCUUGUUCUAGAUUACUUUUCUUCCCUUAAAAUCCAUUGAGGUUAAAACAUCCUUUUAUAUCCAUUUUAUUCUUAAAUAAAAUAUGUUGUGAGCAUACAGGCCCCCUGUUGCCUACCAGUAGGAAGAGUCAAAAUAGAGACAUUUGCAAGUACUGAUUAUUUAUUAUAGUUACCUAGUCAAGGUGUUGCAUUUUUACAUUAUUUUACAACCUGGCUGGCCAAAAAACUAAUGCCCACAUUGCCUUGGGAUUUGAGCAUUCAUUUAAAGAAAAAACUAAAAUAUGUACAUGUGUGUAUGCUUACACAUAAGUAUAUGCGUGCACAUGUUCAUUUUGUGUCUGUGUACAUAGAUAUUUAAGGAUAUUUCCUCACGAUUACCGCUAUUUUAAAGCAUCCAGGACUUGGAAGCACUCUGUGUGGUGUGUCUUUGUGUAUGUAUGUAUGUGUAUGUAUAUGUGUUCAUAUACGUAAAAACACACAUACAUACACACACUCCCUCUCUCUUUUAAAAGACAUUUUAAUUCUCUCUUCUUUGAUUUAUUUAAUUCUGUAUAAAGAACUUUCUCUUCUUUUCAUACUACCACCCAGUCUUUCACUCUCUUAGAAGAAAGAGAAAGAUAAACUUCGCUUUUCUUUAGGUUCUCACUUAAUGUUCUUUAUGUACUCUGUUAUAUCUUUCCUAUCUUUCUUUCUGAAGUAAACUAAUGUCAUGGCAUAAUUAAAGAAAGUUUGCUUAUAUAAAUUGUUUUUCUUGCCAUGUCUCCAAUAUAAGAAGUCUUUUUAGUGAAUCAGGCUCACUAUUCCAAUAUAAGGCCAUUCUUAAAGGUGUUCUCUUCCAAAGAAAAUCCAACUUGGAAUAACAGAAAAAUUGGCUUCCAUCUAGAUAUGCCAAGCAGACUUGUUUCCUACAGGAAAUUUUCUGGCUAAAGAAAGGGAAGACUGAACAUUUUUCAUACAUUUAACUAUAUAUGUAUCAGACAUAAGUAUGGAAGAGUUGGGAUUGUAAUUACAAAACCAUCCCCUCUUACAUUAAUCCAUUCUUUAGACCAUUUAUAGCACGUCUGUGCCUCUAGAUAUUGUAUAUGCAUAGGCCCAUAUUUUGUACACAUGCAUAUUCUUCAUGUUGUACAUACGAUUAUUUUACAUAUGUACAUGUACAUAUGUUCAUAAAGCACUAGGCAAAAAAGUGUGUGGAAGAUGCUGUUGUUAACAUUGAGAAAUCUCUGCUAUAAAAUUAAAUGCUUUGAAUCUGAGCUAACAAGACCUCCCAUUAUUUUCCUGUAGUUGUACUUUGCGCACAGUGCCCUAUCUAGGUUAAUGCCCUUUAUGCAUAAGCAAAUAGUUUCUGUUUAAUCUUUGCAGAGCACUUUGAUCUUGGCUUAGUUUCCUGUUUUCUUUUUUAGGUUCUAAAGGACGAGUUAAAGUGAUGAGCAUAUAAAGAACUGUCUGACUUUCAUAGAGAACAAUCUAUAAUACUGUAUUCUCAGGUGUCUUUUUAAAAAACUAGCUUUUUCAAGUCCAUGUGUUAAAACCUCAUAAAAUUUCUAUUUGGGAGCAGAAUUCAGGUUGAUGUGGAAACAAUGACACUUUGGUCUUAUAAAGCCAUCCUCAUGAACCUUGGCAUUAGCUUUACAUUCUAGAUUUUGAUUUUUUGCAGGCCUGAAAAAUAUUUGCCUUCUGUCCAUUAGAAAAGAGGAAACAAGCCAAAUACAUAUGCAUGGCUGUGUUAUGAUCAUAACUGAACUCUUAAAUAUCCUUCACUCUUCAUUUAGACUGCUUGUGGAGCUAUAAUACAUUUUUCUGAGAAUUGUUGAAUGACAUUCAUGGUUAUGAUCAAUAUCUUUUUUCUAUAGAAUAUCAAUAUCACUCUCAUCCAGCUCUGCUAUACAUAAUAAAGAGCAGUAUGUUAUUUUUUAAAACAUAUUUUAUUUUAAACUUGGCUGGAAUACACUGAGUUGUAUGAAAUAGGUUGUUCUUUAUAUUAGGAUGCUAUGGCAUCAUAAGCAAAACUUGUAUUGUGUACUUAAAUUAAAAGAUAUUUGAGAGAUACUAAAAUAUUUAACCUCAAGCACGUUUUAUGAAGGAUUUAGGUCAUUUUUAAAAAAAUAAAGCAAAAGCCCAGGUUUCAGAAUAUCAAUUCAGUAAUACUUAAUUCAGUGCAUGCAACUCAGACUUCCAGAUUAAAUGUGUUUGGCUAAUUAGGACCUGCGAGAUCCAUUUGAACAUUGCUUUUUAAAUUUCUGCUUCUUGUCUCUACAUCUCUCCUUUGUAUGUUCCCAUCACCCUCCCUCUUUCAUGCACCAGGUAACAGCAUGUUGCCUCAAAAUAGAGCAUUCAGAUGAAUUUGAGUACCCAAUAACUUCUAUGAAGUUGCAUUUCCUUAUGGUGUUAUUACUCAGUGAUGCAUAAAUGUGGUAUUGCCCCUACUUGUAGGCAAAUGAGGGGUCUGUAUAAAUAUGGAAAAUACCCUAUUCACUUAAGGAGAGCCAAAGACUUGUGCUUUACUCUUGGUUUGAUUGUUGUUGUUUUUUCUUUCUAUUUUUUUCUAAUCAUUUUACUACAAUAGCCAGUUUGGAUUGAAAAUCUUUUAUGUUUUCAAACCUUAACAGUGGUAAAUAGAUAUAAAAAUUCUUGACUGUCAAGUCUUACAAAAUGCAUUCUAUGAUGAUGACUUAUUAGCUCAUUUCAGAAGUGCUAUGUUAAGCAUCAUUACAUUUGCAGCCAUUUACCUUAAUUACUUUACCUUUUAAAAAGAUAUGUGAAUGUUGUCCCAACACACUUAGAUUUAUAAUGUACAAAAAGUGUUUUUAGAAGAAACAUUGUUUAUUUUCACUGUUCCUGCUUGAAAUUUUCUAUUGAACUGUACUAGAAGUAAGUAUGAGGAAACUUGAAAGAAACUGGAGAGAGAUUCUGAAAUAGCACUAUCAGUCUAAUAUGUUUUCAUAGUCAAGUAAAUUGUUUCUUUACAUUUGGCUGUGGACAAUACAUUGCACUGUUGCUUGGAAACACAACAAAUAGUAACCUAUUGUCUGCUUUUCCAAACCUAUACAGAAAUUUCUCUGGAUAGGAAUCACUAAACACAUCCACGAUCUCAGCAACAUAAUGUAAUCAGAAAGCAGUCUUGUUUCCUAAUUCUGUCCACUUGGUAAGCAUGGACUUUAUUGAAGCAAAUAGUCCCAGAGAGAGCCUCCUCCAAAUUAUGCUUCCAGUGUUACAGUAAUUAUGAACUGCAAAUCUUGAACUAUAUUUGCCAGGAUGUCGUUUGACAUUUUGGCUCCAGCCUCAGAUCUCUCAUAUGCUUUCAAAAUCUUGCUGUUAUUAUGAACAGGACAUCUGCUUUACUGUACAGCAAUUUGUGGGGAGGGGGAGACAAGCAGUUGAAGAACUGAGUUGGAAGUCAUGCCGGUGCCUACUUCUUAUCCAUCUCAAAAUACUAAGAAGGAUGGGCAAAAACGUCUCCAGAUUUUGACAGUCCCAUCUAGACAAGCUAUUUACUUUGUGUGUUUUGCUAUCACACCUUGUGGCAUCAUUUACUAAUAUGAGUGAGAAUUUUAACAGUAUUUUCUUUUAAAAUUCUCACUAAUACUGUUGUCAGUAACAUAGAUUCAUAUACAUAUCCAGUCUCUGAACUGAUUUAGCUGGAAAGGACACUUGAUACAAACAGGGAAGCACUUGAAGAUGUCAUCGAUAUUUGACACACACACACACACACACCCAAAAAAACCCCACCCUAAGCUGUAAUUUGAUGUGACUAGAAUGAGCCACUGUGAGCACUGAGCAUUUACAGUAUGUUUCCCCUAGAAUAGUUAAGAGUUCACAAUAUUUUGUUUUAGAUUUAGUACAAAUUAACAUGUCAUCUAAACCUAGAUUUUUUUUUGUAUUAAUUUCAAAAUAAUUUAUAAAGUUUGUUUGUUUCAAACAGUGAUAAGAUGAAGCACAGUUUAACCACUUAACCACCUAAUCAGACAACAUGGUGAAUCAAAUGCAGAAGUAAUCUUAUUUCAUGUCCAGAAGAGAAAUUAAUUGCAUUUAAUGAAAACACAGUUGAAGUUCAUUCUAAUAGCACUAAAUCAUGGUUUCACAUUAAAUAUAGUCAUUCAAAUGACAGUACUGGAGUUCCCUUGUCCAGGCCUCCUAUUUCAGUGUGGUACAUAUCACAAGUAAACAACACAUACUUGUUUCAUCAUAAUACACACAAUAAAAAACAGUUAUAAAUAAAAUAAGUUGCAGAUUGCCUUAGCCUAUAGACCAAUUCCUGUGUCAUCAAAUAGUCAUGAUGCAAUCAUGGGAGAUGAAUAGGAACUACUUACAUCUUUUUGUGGAAGCAUGAUUUAACUUUUUUUUUUUUGCUACAGAACAGAUAUCACCCCAAAAUUAUAAGUCUUUAUUAGGUGCCAUUUGAAGUUCAAAAAAGUAGCUCCAUUUUUUCUAAGAUCUGUUGUGCAAUAUUCAGAUAUUAGACAGUGUCUUUUUUCAUCAAAACAGUCCAGAGAUUGGUAUCUGUGUCGCAAGAUUAAUAAGGCUAUGUAGGUACGCUCAGUAUAACACCAAGAAGUGCCAUUCUCCUUUUAUAAAAUUUGCAGUGAGAUUUCUAUGUUGUGUUGGAUACAGUAGUCAAUGCCCAAAAUGAAAUGUUAUAGCUGGGACAAUUGCAUUUUGACAUCUGUAUGAAAUUUAAAAUUUGGAACAGUGAACCUUCAUUGUGUUGAUAGUGUCUUGAAUAGCUAUAGUUACCAUUCAGUGGCUGCAGAGCUUCUAUUCUGGUAUCUAAUAUUACUUGCCUGCAUGUUACAUAUGGCUGCCUGAUGCUUUUUUCACAUAUAAAAAGUAUCUUGUCUGAAGACAUAACAUACUGAAGGGAGGAGUCUAGAAGAACACACCAAAGUGCAUCCUUCUCUCUAAAAACUAAAAGUACUAGGUAUGCUAAUGUUAAAUGUAUACAUAUAUAUAUAUUUUAUAAAAACAAAAUCCUGUGGCAUAUUGGUGUUUGCUGUAAACAAAAUUUGUUUGCUUUUGUGUAUGUUAAAAGUGACUUCAGGCACAAUUGUAGUGGGAAUGUCUUCCACACAAAUCCCUCUGAAAGUGUGGGAUAUGUGCAAGAAGACCACCUCUGUGCUCUCUUGUUGUUAAUGUUAGUUUGUUGUAGCAGACAAUACUCACAAGUCUUUGGCAUCCAAAACCAGAUUGUGUAACUGGAUCAGAAUCCCACAGCUGGAUUUGCAUAAGGCACUCUUUCCAAGUUAGCCAUUCAAAGGGAGGUACAGAGGUGGAGAGCAGGAUGGGCAGACCUAAUGAAAAUUGUCUGUUUGGCCAGCUGUCUUGGCAGCCCUCAGUUCUAAUCCUGCACAACCCCCUAAAGGGUUUCUCUGCUGUCUGUUGUGAGUUUACAAUUGCCUUGCAGUCUCUGCUUGCUAUGUAAGCAGCCUUGUUGCUAACCAUGAACCCUUUUCCUUGAAGGCAACUUUAGUUUUGUUUUGUUUGUUUUUUUAAUUAGUUUUCAAGGAUUGGCAGUCAGCAAUCUGGAUUUUGCUCCUUAUUUUUAUUCAGCCAAUUUGACAUACAUUAUUCUCCCUCCUCCAAAAUCUCCUGGUCAUUUCCAGUUGUGGGAUUUCUCUCUCUGUAUGUGCAUUCUUUAUGGUUUGGGGGGGUGUUAAGCCAAGUUUCCUUUGGUCUUUUUAGGAUUGUACCAGUCUCCCCGAGACAUUCUUAAGUCAUUAUCACCUUUUUGGGUGGAGUUCAUUUUUUUUAAUAACUUUUUUGACAUUUUGGUGCAUUAUGCUUGGGAUAGAGCUCAUGUAAUUUACCAAUCGUAUUGAUUGUAUGUGAUUGUGCCCUGCGGAGGUAUAUUUAACAAAAAAAAAGAAAAGAAAAGAAAAAAAGAAUUAGUCUAGGGUGAUGCUGAUGAUAAUAAAGAUUCCAAGAUACUACGUAAAAGGUGUGGGUGAUUUUGUGAAUUUGCUUAGAUUUAUCUGUUGGUUAGUAUUAUAAAAUGUUUAUUCCUUUU